UAUUGCUCCGUACAUCUCUUUCUCUUGUUACCCUUCCGACAGUGUCUUUGAUUCAGGGAAGAUGCCCGCGCCUCCACCGGCAACUGAAAGCUCCAGCUCUCCGGCGUUGGACUCUCACCACGAUCUUCCUAAACUGGUGAGGAGUGCAUUAGCGGAGCUCAAUAAUAUCCCUGCUUCUCGAACUGUCGUCCAGAGAAAUGGAAACCUAUUUUUCCAUACAACUGCUCAGAAGGCAUCUUCUUACAAGCAAACGAAGAAUCGAAAGCUCAUGGCAUUCAUGAUUUUUGCCAUCUUUAUGCUUACUAUUAAUGGAGUUCUCUCCAAAUCUCGUCGUCCGAUCUCUGAGAUGGAGAUUUGGGAGAAGAAGAACAAAUGCUAUGCUGACAUUGAGAGUGGACUGUGGGGUGAAAAAUGCAAGACUUCAAUGGUAGCGAAGGAGAACUGUGCUCUGCAAUGCUUGUCACCAGUUUGUUUUGAGCUCAUUUAUGAGAGUGAUCCAUUGGAAGAAGGGGAGAAAGAUACUGUCAGGAGUCAAGAGUACAAGUACUGCAUGCACAAGGUCUCUCUUGGAGAGAGUUUGGACGGCAUCAGAGGUUCCUUCAGCUUCUAGUUUCAUUACUUUCAUAUGCAUCUUUGCUGCUUACUCAGAGAGUUAGAGCUGCUGACAUGAUUACGCUGUUAGGAUAUGCUGAUUAAUUUUGUCUGAAUAAGAGGCAUCACCAUCAUCUCACAUUUGAUGCCUCCUAAUGCCAGAUGCCUUGUGAUUAUGUAUGUUGUAUAUAUGAACUGGUGAAAUUGAGAGCAUUGGCGUAUCAUUUUUUA